AUGGCUUCUUCAACCUCUUCCCUCAGCUUCAUCCCCUCCUUUGUGAAACUUGCCAACCCAAGGCUGCUGCCAUCCAUUCCCAGUAAGCCAUUCCUACCCUUCAAGCUCCAAAAUCCAUCUGAUCUCAAACUCCAUACUGCCACCUCUCAUUUGAACUGCUUUCCAUAUACCAAAACAUCCCCAUUGUUCACUUGCAGAAUGCAAGCCAACCCAUCAUCUUCCUCUGAGCAAACAGCACCCACUGAACAAGCUCCACAAGUCCUUCAUGUCUACGAGAUCAAUGAACUUAACUGCGCAAGCCCGGCUUACUUGAGGUUAACAGGGAUAUCCACUUUAAUCCAAAACAAACCAGAAAAGAACGGUGACCGAUAUGAGGUUGCUUACAGCUUUUACUUUGGAGACUAUGGUCACAUAUCUGCGCAGGGUGCCUAUUUGACUUAUGAGGACUCUUAUUUGGCUGUGACUGGUGGGUCUGGAAUUUUUGAAGGUGUGUAUGGUCAAGUAAAGUUGCACCAGCUUGUGUAUCAUCCUUUCAAAAUAUUGUACACCUUUUAUCUAAAGGGUAUCAAGGACUUGCCUGAACAGCUUCUUGGGAACCAUGUGGAGCCUAGCCCUGAUGUUGUGCCCACUGCAGCUGCUAAGGCAUGUGAGCCCCAUGCCACCAUUUCCAAUUUCAUUGAUUAA